CGAAGGAUCAAGGAAGACACCGCCACGAUUCGAAAUGAUCUCCAUACCAUCCGAAGAAAUACAGAUGGGAUCAAAGUUCUUCAAGAUACCGCUACUCAACACAACUGUGAGACCAUUUUGAAAUGGCUGUCUCCAUUGAACUUUCACGCGCAACAUUGCGAUACCCUGCGUCAACGAGAGGAUGGGACAGGCAGGUGGUUUCUGGAAUCCAACGACUUCAUAGACUGGUUCCGCACCUCCCAAGGGACACUGUUUUGCCCAGGAGUACCCGGAGCAGGCAAGACGAUUAUCUCUGCUGUCACAAUCGACCACCUUCUCGAUAUCGCAUCUGUCGACGGCAACAGUGCUAUAGCGUUUUGGUAUUGCAACUACCAUAGCCAGCGCGAGCAAACUGCCGAGAAUCUUUUGGGUGCUACUUUGCAGCAGCUGGUCCAACAAGGAAGAAGUCUCCCAACAGUCGUUCAAAAUCUCUAUGACCAGCACAUCAGCAAAGGAACCCGACCGUCCAUUCCCGAAGUUCUGAAUGCCCUGGAAACUGUUUCGGCCGAAUAUCAGACAAUAUAUAUUGUGAUUGAUGCCCUAGACGAGUGCGAUAGCCGGAUUCGAAAUACUCUUCUAGGCACUUUCGACAGGAUCCGUCGCGUCACAGAUGUGCGCUUGAUGGUGACCUCUCGCUUUAAUCCAGGCAUAGAAAGCAAACUCAAAGCAUCUAAGAAGCUGGAGAUCCGGGCAAACGAACACGAUAUCAGGAAAUAUGUCAUAUCUCAAUUCAAGGAACUUCCCGACUUUGUCCAGGAUGAUGAGGAACUGCAGGAACUCAUUGUCACAAGGAUCAUCGUUGCGGCAGAUGGCAUGUUUCUCCUGGCCCACCUCCAUUUCGACUCGCUUCUGGAUAAGCAGACUAAGUUUAAACUGAGACAGGCGUUGAAUCUCUUGGCGAAGGGGUCUGAAGCAAUUGUGCAUGCAUACAACGAGGCAGUUCAAAGAGUCGAAUAUCAAUUGCCGGGAAAUGCAAGCCUGGCCAGAAAUGCAAUAGCAUGGAUUUUCUGCGCCAAAGCGUCUCUAACCAGUCGGCAAUUAUGCCAUGCCUUGGGAGUCGAGCGAGGAGAUACUGAUUUGAAUGAGGAAAACAUCCCAGACAUUGGCACCGUCGUCUCUCUCUGCGCCGGGCUCAUCGUUUUUGACGAGGAACUCGACCUUGUCCGCCUGGUUCACUAUACCGCAUACGAGUUCCUCCAGCAUAUCCGAAAUGCAUGGAUUCCUCACGCCGAAGCAGAAUUCGCUGGUGUCUGCAUCACCUAUCUCAGUUUCAGCACAUUCAAAGCCGGACCUUGCUCUUCCGACGAUGAUCUGGAGAGAAGGUUGAGAGAAAUGCCAUUUGCCAUCUACGCUGCUUCAUAUUGGGACAAACAUGUCCAG